UUACACUUGGCACAAUGCAGUCAGGCAAGUACUGUCCCCCUGGCAACCACCAAACCCAGACACGUCCAUCGGAUUACCAGACAGAGAAGCGUGAUUGGUCACUCCAGAGAACACAUCUCCACUGCUCUAGAGUCCAGUGGCGGCUGGCUGAGUGGCUGUUGUUCCCAGUGGCUUCCACUUUGUUAUAAUCCCACUAACAGUUGAGCGUGGAAUAUUUAGUAGCCAGGAAAUGUCACGGAUGGACUUAUUGCACAGGUGGCCACCUAUCACGGGACCACGCUUGGAGUCACUGAGCUCCUGAGAGCGACCCAUUCUUUCACCAAUGUUUGUAGAAGCCGUCUGCAUGCCUAG